CAAAUCAGCGAGUUGGUUGCACUACAUGCCCGCCUCCUGUGACCGCCGUGGCUGGACCGGGUAUGAUGCUGAAGUUACUAUUUUGGGUUGAUAGCGACGCUGUAUCAGCUUCACUGGAGCUUUGCGCAAGGCUCGCGCUGCGCACUGGUUAUUGCUGAAACGUCGAAUUAUACAUGCACUCUCUGAUUUAUACGCUGGCGAUUCUUUAUUGCGGGUUUUUCACGUCCAAAAGCACAGAACUCCUAUCUCAUCAGAGUGCUGACUAGCAUACCAGCCAUCUUGUCGCACUCAUAUUUCUGAUUUAAUCCAGUUCAGCCAUGCCUAAGAGCAGUAAAGUGACACAGCGUGAGCACAGCAAUGAACAUGUCACAGAGUCUGUGGCUGACCUGCUGGCCCUGGAGGCCCCUAUGGACUAUAAGAGUAGCCAGAUGAGCAUGAGCAUGCCUGGAGGAGGCGCAGCACCAAAGCCUGACAUCUCUCCAGACCUGGAGGAUGGCCGGCCAGCCUGGAACAGCAAGUUGCAAUACAUCCUCGCCCAGGUGGGCUUCUCAGUGGGGCUGGGCAACGUCUGGCGCUUCCCGUACUUAUGCCAGAAGAACGGAGGAGGUGCCUACCUUGUCCCCUACUUCAUCCUCCUCAUCCUCAUUGGCAUCCCACUUUUCUUCCUGGAAUUGGCAGUGGGUCAGAGGAUCCGCAGAGGAAGCAUUGGGGUCUGGAACUACGUUUGCCCUCGACUGGGUGGCAUUGGCGUGUCCAGCCUAAUGGUGUGUGGCUUUGUGGGUCUGUACUACAAUGUGAUCAUUGGCUGGAGCAUAUUCUACUUCUUCCAGUCAUUCCAGUUCCCUCUGCCCUGGGCUGAAUGUCCCAUCCGGAGAAAUGGAAGCCAAGCCAUUGUAGAGCCAGAGUGUGAGAAAAGCUCCGCCACCACAUAUUUUUGGUAUCGUGAGACACUAAACAUAACCAGCAGUAUUGCGGACAGUGGAGGGCUAAACUGGAGGAUGACUCUGUCUCUGCUGGCUGCGUGGAUCAUUGUCUGCCUGGCUGUCAUCAAGGGCAUUCAGUCCUCUGGAAAGGUGAUGUACUUCAGCUCUCUGUUCCCGUAUCUGGUGCUCUUUUGCUUCCUGGUACGGGGAUUGUUUCUUAAGGGGGCGGUAGACGGCAUUGCUCACAUGUUCACACCAAAGCUGGAGAUCAUGCUGGAGCCACAGGUAUGGCGUGAGGCUGCAACGCAGGUUUUCUUCGCUUUGGGUCUGGGUUUCGGUGGAGUCAUUGCUUUCUCCAGCUACAACAAAAGGGACAACAACUGCCAUUUUGAUGCUGUCCUAGUGUCUUUCAUCAAUUUCUUCACCUCCAUCCUGGCCACGCUGGUGGUGUUUGCAGUUCUUGGUUUCAAGGCCAACAUUAUGAACGAAAAAUGUGUGGUGGAGAAUGCUGAGAAGAUUUUGGGCUUCCUGAACUCCAAUGUGCUGAGUCAUGAUCUGAUCCCUCCUCAUGUUAAUUUCUCCCACCUCUCCUCAUCAGACUAUGCUGAGAUGUAUGAAGUUAUUAAAAUUGUGAAGGAGGACAGCUUUGCUCAGCUGGGCCUGGACCAGUGUCUACUGGAGGAUGAACUCAAUAAAGCCGUUCAAGGUACUGGUUUGGCCUUCAUUGCUUUUACAGAGGCCAUGACACACUUCCCAGCGUCUCCAUUUUGGUCAGUGAUGUUCUUUUUCAUGCUGAUCAACCUGGGUCUGGGAAGCAUGAUUGGCACUAUGACUGGCAUCACUACUCCCAUCCUUGACACGUUCAAAAUACGCAAGGAGAUCCUGACUGUGGUUUGCUGUAUCAUUGCAUUUUUUUGCGGCUUGUUAUUCGUCCAACGAUCAGGAAAUUAUUUCGUCACCAUGUUUGAUGACUACUCUGCUGGCCUUCCACUCACAAUCGUAGUCAUCAUGGAAAAUAUAUCUGUGGCCUGGAUUUAUGGCACCAAAAGGUUCAUGCAGGAUCUAGAAGAUAUGCUGGGUUUCAAACCAUACAGAUUCUACUUUUAUCUGUGGAAAUAUGUGUCUCCAAUCUGCCUCCUUGUUCUUAUUACUGCUAGUGUUAUUGAUAUGGCCAUCAGUCCACCUGGAUACAAUGCAUGGGUUCAGGACCUGGCGAUCGAGCGCUUCCAGAGCUACCCUACAUGGGCUCUGAUCAUGUGUUUCGCGCUCAUCAUUGUAGCCAUGCUUCCUCUGCCACUGGUAUUCCUCGCACGCCACUUUAACUGGCUUCCUGAUGGCUCCAACAAACUGUCCGUCUCCUACCGCAAGAGUCUGACGAAGGACACCUCCAACCUGGAGGACGAGACACGUUUCAUCCUGGGUAAACACACCAGCGAGACUCCCUCUCCCAUGCCCAGCCACCGGGCGUACCUUGGCCCGGGCAACACCUCACCUGUCGAGCUCAUCACCAACUCCACGUCCAUCAGUGGCUAUGGCAGCAGCUACCAGACCAACCCUGUUCCACCUAAAUCUGAGUCCUGAGUUCCUCCCUGAUCUGAAGGCAUCACCCACGAAAGACUGAUAAACCAAAAGGAAAAGGGUGUGAGAAGUCACAGCAUUUAUCAUUAUUUAAUUGAAGCCAUAAAGGGUGAGAGGGAUGAUGUGUGUGUGUGACGAGGUAAUCAGUGAAUAAUAGAGGACUGAAAAAAAGGAAAGAAAGAAAACAGUCACAGAAUGACAUUCUCCAUAUUUAGCCCUAAUUAGCAGACGGUGAGUUGCAAUUAGUUCCUUCUCUUUCCUACCUACACCUACACAUUUGGACCAAAGGCAUUUCUACAGGAUAGCUGGUGGACAGAAAGCACUGAAUCAUCCACAUAACACUGAGACAUUUACAUAAUCUUCCGGUAAGUCAUUCACUAAAAAAUGCCCUACUGAAUUUUAUACAUACUGUAGAUAUGUAUAAGAAUGAAUGUAGAUUCAUUUUUUAAAAACAUUUAAGCCACUGAUUAAUUAGCCACUGACCCUCCAUCGCCAGAAUCUUUGGGUCUAGUAAUGCUUACAGGGGAAUGAAGCACAAAGGUGUUUUAGUAUGUUUCUUUCUGUUGUAACUAUUCUUCAUGCCUGGGUUGAGGUAUGACAACUGCUAAGUAGGGAUCCACUGAUCCCAUCUUUUUUUUUUUACUUCCUUUGUCAACACAAUGCACAUAUCACAGUUCUGAAUAAUCAAUAAUACAUGAAACCGAUGUAAAACCUAAUUACACAAAUAAUUGCAAAAGGCUUGCUCUGAGAACCACAAAUUGAAAAGAGUGGAAAUAAUAUUGCUAAGAUAUUUUCAAUAUAUGAAGAAAAUUGUAUGCCAACUUCAAGCACAUUCCCAGCAUAUAUGUAAAAAAAAAAAAAAUAAUAAUAAUAAUAAUAAUAAAUUCAUUACUCUCUCUCCCCUCUCAAGCACGGCAGCUCUCGGAGGAAGCACGUGCUAGCCUUGACCCUCCCUGCUUGGUAGAUGUCAUGUGACAGGGGAGAACUGGCCAGUAGGUGGAAAUUGGCAAACAAUCAGAUUAGGAGGAAAUGGGGUAAAAAUCCAAAUAUAUACUGUAUUUCAGGGGCUCAGAUCAGAUUUGAUCAGAUACUUUUAUUAUUUUCAGAUACUGCUUUUCAAGCCAAUAUUACUCCAAUACAAAGAAUCAUUGAGUACAUUAGUGCAGUGUUUUGUGAGGAACAGUUUUGUUUAGAAAUUACAUUUGACUGAGGAAAGCAAAUAAAAUCUGGCCAAGUAGUACAACAGAGAGAAAUGUACUGUAUAGAUCAGAGGUGUCCAAUCUUCUCUGCAAAGGGCUGGUGUGGGUGCAUGUUUUCAUUCCAACCAAGCAAGAGCCACACCUGAUUCCACCUGAUUAAUCAGAUGAUCUUGGCUUUCAGUAGACUCAGGUGUGGCUUCCACUUGGUUGGAAUGAAAACCAGCCCUUUCCGGAUAAGAUUGGACACCCCUGGUGUAGAUAAUGUUGAUGUAUUUACCAUAACUCUUGUCCUGUGUAAGUGUUUAUGCCCAUAGAUCACUAGGUCCAGCACAAUCUACCAUAAUCUCAUACAGUACUGACCAGAUGUUUCCACUCGGGGGGAGUAUAUGCACCAAAACCCCUACAAUGCAUCUAGUUUUAAUGCAGUAUCUCUCUCUCACACACACACACACACACACACACACACACACACACAGUAUCAAUAACAGCAUGCCUUUGUGGCCUAUUUUAGAAUAUUUUGUCACACUUAGCAUUUCAGAUAUAUGUACAUCUAGUUUUAGCAAUCAAAUGCCUGCCAGAUGUGCACAGCACAAAAAAAGAGGCACAUUUAAAGUGUUGGGUUGCAAUAAUACUAAAACAAUUUUUAAGGCAAUCUUUAUCUAGCACAGCAGUUUUAAGUACAUACAAGAUCUAUAGUAUAUAUUAGUAUAAAUAUAGCAGAUGACAGAAAAAAAUACACAUUGCACAUAAUACAAACAUAUUAAUAAUAUUAGUAAUAAUGGUCCUCAGUGAUCAUUGAUAGGAUUAUGUGCCUGUUCUGUGAAUGUACAGGCCCAGGUUCGCAAAAGCACUGCAGCACAAGGAUCAUUGUAAAAUGAUAGCGUGAGCAUCACUUCAAUUAUUUCUCUCUCUCCUUCUACUAAUUAACAUGAUUUUAACUUAACUUUGGGAAACUGUACACCAGUCGAAUCUAAUUAGCUUAGGUAUUCACACUGUCAGUUUUUACAUAUUGACUUUAUAGCAAAAACAUUUUUACAAUGUAGUUUUCUUGCUUAGCCCUUUCUGAAAGGAACGGAUGUAAUUAUUCAAGAUCCAUGAGAACUGAAAAUGGUUUAUAUUAAAGUCUGUAGAUGUUAUGUAUGCCAAAAUUAUGUUAUAGUAUAACAAUAAUUUUCCACAACUUGCAGUGUAUUUGAACAGAUACUGACUAAGCAGCCUGCACAGGUCUACUGAUGAACACCUCACAAAAAGACAAAGGGUGUUGAAUUGGAUUUUGGAAAACCAAACGUGCUAGAUUUUUAAAAUUACUUUUUCAUUUUAUAUAAUGUAUCCCUAUACAGAAUAUAUUACAGAAAUAGGAUGUAUAUGGUAGACAUCAGCUUAUUUGGAAAGGUCAUAGACUAUUAUUGCCCUGGUGUUUACUCUAUCCCCCAAGUAUUUCUGCAGUUCACACUAUACACUAGUUUUGCAUCUUGGCAAAUAAUGCUGCAGAGCUUUUGAUCACUUUGCAGCUCUGUGUUUGCUCCUCCUGCAACUGCCAUGAUGACUCGUGGUGUAAAAAUAGGCCUGAGCAGCAUCCUUCACCACGGUGUUUCCCCAUGGGAGCCCGUGUCCCAGACAGCAUGCUAACGAAUUCUCAUUGGGUGAGGUGGAGGAUGGAAGGCCCACAAUUCCCAGCAUGAACAUGCUGUUCCUACACAAGUCUCGUGGAACCCCUGGCAACAAACCCUUACAUCAACAGGGAACAAACAAGCAGAGGGCUUCCAUGCUUCCCAAGUUCCUGAGUGAGAGAAAGAAUUAAUGAAAUGUAAUGUAAUUCACUGGGUUCCUUUAAUUAACCAACUCCUGAAAUGAUUAAAGUUUCAAUAUGAUUCAAGUAUGCCACUACUGUUUAGCUGAGUUCAUAAUGUGGGGUGUGUAAUCAGUUGACUGGAUAAACUUUUCCUGGGCUGAUAAUACUACAAGGAAGAAGCAAUUUGUUCAGUCAGGUCCAGCAUCAUAGUUGUUCACGUUCCAUGUGUAAUACCACAUUGUCACCACAACGUGGCCUCGUUUACUGAUAAAAGGCUGUUUGAAGGCGUGUCUCUGUGCCUCUCUCCUUUUUCACCUCCACAGCAUCUCAGAGAUGUCAUGCCCGUAUCUCCUGCCCCUGCUAAGCACAGCUGCAAGACAGUUCCUAUGAUUAUUCCUGUAACACUGUCCUGAUCGUUAGUUUGUUUGUUGCACACUUUGCUUGCUUCUUUUGAGACCAGUGCAAUUAAUUUCUCCAAUACCCCAAACAACCUGACAAGGGGAGGGCUUUAAAAACACACAGUAGCUGAUUAAUAAGCAUGAACCAAGGGUUAUAUGAAGGUGAAGGCUCCCUAUUUAUAUUUCCAUCAAAUUUGUCAUCAAAUAUUUGCAAUUCUCUGACAAAUGAGAGCUACACAAACAGCUAGGGCAAAGACUGUAAAUCGCACUGACACACACACGAACACACACACACACACACAAAGCUGGAAAGAAGAGCCACAUCCUCACAUGUACGAAGCACAUUACUUGUAUGAUUUAUAUAAAUGGCACGUUUUCCAGUAGCACAUUAUAUAAUCUACACAACAGCUUUUCAUUCAGGGUUACAAUUUUUAGGACAAUCUAGAAUUUGUCACGAACACAGCUGUAUAUUUAUUGAGUUGGAAUUUUCCUAAACCUAUCAAAGUGAUUACAACUCUUGGGCCUCUGGCCAGCAUCAUUAAAUCUCACCAGUAGGACAGGCGAGUCCUAUUGUAGCUAACUUAUUUUCAUAGAAGGCAUUUUUUAUUUAAGUGGUGUAAUAUUUAAGUGGUGCUGGAGGCCAUGGUAUUUGUGAGCAAGCUGUUAUUAUGUAUAUGUAUGUAAAUUGUGAUUCUCAAUAUAAUAACUGUAAAUAUCAGUGUAUAUUUUGUUAAAUUACUGUGAGGAGUAUAUACUGUAUGACUAUACAAACAAGUGUAUUCAUGUAUUAUUGAGUAUCUAUGAUGUACAUUGUAAACUUAGAAUAACUAUUUUGUACAUGUCUGUACAUGUGUAUGUAUUGUGUGUAAUGAUUGUGUCUGAUGUCUCAACAUGUGUGUUGAAAAAGGCAGGGUCGUGUUUGUUAUUGUUAUUUAUUUAUUUAUUUAUUUAUUUUAAAGUUGAUGAUGUGGGUAGCGCUGCUUUCAUUGGUUCUUCCCUGUGAAACGGGCUCAGGACCAUGCUAUUAAAUGUUCUCUGGAUUCUCUGCGUUACAUAGAACGUUUGUUCACUUCAAAAGAUUUCAUUGGUAAAUGUUUGUUUAGUUAGUGAUGUUGAUGUUAACAUAUGAUUUAAUGCCAUUUGGACAUUCCGCACUCUAUUCAGUGUGCUCUCUUCAAUAUUAUCAUUUGCUGCUGGCAUUUUGUGAAAAAGUCAGAACCUCUUGCACUUCUUAGUUUACUCUGACAACAUCCUGUGUUCAUUUUUAUUGAAAAAUAAUUAUAGGCAACAAUGUAAACCAGCACAGUUUAUGCGUCGAAAUAUAAAAGAGGCAAAGGAGAACAA